AUGGCCCUCCACCAGUACGACUGGAUCCUCGCCCUCGGCACGAUCUUCGCCUUCCUCGACGCCUGGAACAUCGGCGCCAACGAUGUCGCCAACUCGUGGGCUACCUCUGUCUCCUCCCGGUCUGUCAAGUACUGGCAGGCCAUGGUGCUUGCGACCAUCAUGGAGUUUGCCGGCGGUAUCGGCGUAGGCGCCACCGUCGCCGACACAAUCCGCACCAAAGUCGUCGACGUCGACCAGUUCGCCGAGAACCCCGCCCUCCUCAUGCUGGGCAUGCUCUGCGCCCUCGUCGGCUCCUCUACAUACCUUACCUUCGCAACGCGCAUCGGGCUCCCCGUGUCAACAACACACUCGAUCAUGGGCGGCGUCAUCGGCAUGGGCGUGGCCCUGGUCGGCGCAGACGGUGUGAUCUGGUGGGGCGGCGACAUCAAUUCCGGCGUCGUGCAGGUGUUCCUGGCAUGGGUCAUUGCGCCGUUCAUCUCGGCCGCGUUCGCGAGCAUCAUCUUCCUGUUCACGAAGUACGCGAUUCUCCUGCGGAACAAGCCAGCCAUGAAAGCGCUCUACACCAUCCCGUUCUACUUCUUCGUCACCUGUACGCUCCUCGCGAUGCUCAUCGUCUGGAAGGGCGGAUCGAGCCGCAUCAAGCUCAAUGGCGGCGAGAUCGCCGGAACGGUCGUGGGAACCGGCGCCGUCAUGGGCGUGCUGGCCGCGUUCUUCCUCGUCCCGUGGCUGUACCGCCGCGUCAUCCUCGACGACUGGCAGAUCAAGCCGUGGCAUCUGCUGCUCGGCCCGCUGGUGCUCCGUCGCGGCGAGGUCCCGCCCCAUCCCAGCGGCACGCACACCGUGCAGAACUACUACCGGGGCCACAAGACGCUCGAACAAAUCCAGGCCGAGCGCGCCGCCGGAAAUGACGUCGAAACAGCGGAUAAAUCCAAGCUCGGCAUCGGCAGCAGCGCAGACGCCUCGCCGGAAAUUGAACCCAAGCCCGACCCGCGCCUCGCUGCCUCGCCUGAGCCCGAGGAGUCCGACGCGGUGAACAUCACCGGCCCACGCCCAGAAGGGAAGGGCAAGUUCCACCCGGCCGUCCUCUUCUGGCAGGCGAAGCGCUUCUUCUUCCGCGGCAUCGAGCAGGACGUCGUCUCCAUGCAGAAGAAGCGCAAUAUCCUCUCCGGCGACCUGGAGAUGGUCCACGCCAACGCCGAGCACUUUGAGAACCGCGCCGAGUACAUGUUUUCGUUCUUGCAGGUGCUCACGGCGUCCACUGCGAGUUUUGCACACGGCGCGAAUGAUCUGUCCAAGUAUGCCCCUGCCCUUAUCUACCCUACCCACCCUGUCCUGCCAGCCCUAACUUUCUUGUGCGUUUGCUAA